CCUAUUGAUCUUUCUACACCACCUCUAUCUGAUGCUUCACCACUUCGUCGUUCUACUCAGGUAAGGGAAGUACCUGUUCAUCUUCGUGAUUAUCAUUGUUUUUCUACUAUCCUUUCUCAGCAUGAACCUCACUCCUACCGUGAGGUAAGUUCUAACCCUCUUUGGCAGCAAGCAGUGGCAGAAGAAUUACAGUCUUUGGAUAAAACACACACUUGGGAUAUCGUUGACCUUUCUCCUGGCAAGACUCCUAUUGGUUCUAAGUAGGUUUUCAAGAUAAAGACUUGAUCCGAUGGCUCUAUAGAGCGUUAUAAAGCUCAUCUGGUUGCAAAGGGUUUUGCUCAAGAGUAUGGUAUUGACUAUGAGAAAACUUUUGCACCAGUUGCUCGUCUCAUUUCUAUUUGGAGUUUACUUGCGGUUGCUGCCGUACGCAAGUGGAAUUCAAAUCAAAUGGACGUCAAGAAUGCCUUUCUCAAUGGUGAUCUUACCAAAAAAGUUUAUAUGCGGCCUCCACCUGGGUAUAAUCAUCCUCCAAACAAAGUGUGUAAACUUAAUCGUGCUCUUUAUGGUCUCAAGCAAGCUCCACGUGCCUGGUUUGCCAAAUUUAGCACCACUAUUCAGAAUUUUGGAUUCUCUUCUAGCCAAUAUGAUUCGGCACUUUUUAUCCGAAAGUCUGCACAUGGUAUCAUUUUUCUUCUUCUCUAUGUUGAUGACAUGAUUAUUACUGGUGAUGAUAAUGUUGGUAUUUCUGAUCUUAAAGCCUUUCUCAACAAGCUGUUUCAGAUGAAGGAUCUAGGUACUGUGAGCUACUUCUUAGGUCUUGAGAUCUCAUCUACAUCCGAUGGCUACUAUCUCACUCAGGCUAAGUAUGCUUCUAAUCUUCUUAGUGGUGCUGGUAUCACCGACAACAAGGCUGCAUCCACCCCACUUGAGCCGACCACUCAACUCACUCCUUUGGAUGGUUCGCCACUUCCUGAUGCCACUCGUUAUUGCCAAUUGGUUGGCAGUCUUGUGUAUCUUACUAUCACCCGACCUGACAUUGCCUUUGCUGUUCACAUAGUUUGCCAAUUCAUGUGUGCUUCUCGAUCGACUCAUUUUGAUGUUGUCCUUCGAAUUCUUCGCUAUGUCAAAGGCACCCUAUUCCAUGGCCUCUACUAUUCAGCACAUUCUUCUCUUGAGUUAUGUGCAUAUUCUGAUGCUGAUUGGGCUGGUGAUCCUAUUGAUCGUCGAUUUACCACAGGCUACUGCUUCUUUCUUGGCGAUUCUCUCAUCUCUUGGCAAAGUAAGAAACAAUCUCUUAUUUCUCGCUCAAGUACUGAGGCAGAGUAUCAUGCUAUUGCUGACACUACUCAGGAGUUGAUAUGGCUUCGAUGGCUCCUCACUGAUAUGAGUGUUAUUCAUUCCACUGCCACUAUACUUUGUUGUGAUAAUCAGAGUGUCGUUCAAAUUGCUCGCAAUGAUGUGUUUCAUGAUCGCACCAUACAUUUUGAGAUUGAUUGUCACUUCAUCCGACAACAUGUAGUCUGAGGUAGCGAUCGUCUUCUCUCAGUUUCCUCAACUGACCAGACCGCAGACAUAUUCACGAAGGCUCAUCCUCCUAGACGUUUUCUUGAUUUAGUGUCCAAACUCAAGCUGGCAUCUGCACUACCACCUUGAGUUUGAGGGGGAUGUUAGAUUUUAUCAUAAUCAUAUAAAAUCGUAAUCGUGUCCCGAUAUGAUAUUAUAUGAUGUGAUUUCCUUGAUCCCCUUGAUUUCAGUUGGAUUGUAAUUGAUUCCGAUUGUAUUGUAAUUAGGAUGAUUUUCCUUUCAUAGUUAGGCGCUCUCCCCUGUAUAAAUA